AGGGAUUCUACUUCAAACUGGUGUUACAUACUGUUACAUCAAUAAGUUGGAAGAAAUCUUACUGAAGCAACACCGCUCGGAGCCCCUUUGUGGUCACCGCCGGUUCCAAGUCCGGGUAAAAUAGAAGGGUUGUGCAUGGGGUUGGCGACCACACCUCGCUCUUUCCAUUUCACCCAUCAAUACUUGAAACAGCUCCAUUCAAUUCCAAAAACAACAUUUGUCUGGAAUAGACGAAUGAUUUUAGGGACAUCGUGGAAGUUUAGAUAUAUAUUGGACCUAAUAAACACUGACCAUCCUUAGCUCGGUCGAGCGCCACAUUUAGUUUUGGUGGUUUCUCACGCUUAUUUGGAGUCUCAAGUAUGGUUAGGCUAAACGUACUUGCUGACGCCCUAAAGUCAAUAUGCAACGCUGAGAGAAGAAAGAAACGUCAAGUCCUUAUCCGGCCAUCAUCAAAAGUUAUUGUCCGAUUUCUACGAGUGAUGCAACGAAAGGGUUAUAUAGGAGAGUUUGAAAUUGUUGAUGACCAUCGCGCUGGAAAGAUUGUGGUACAGCUAAAUGGACGUCUAAACAAAUGUGGUGUAAUCAGCCCGAGAUUCGACAUGGGUGUGCGGGAAACUGAAAAGUGGACCAGGAACUUACUACCUUCUCGUCAGUUCGGUUAUCUUGUACUUACGACAAGUGGUGGGAUUAUGGAUCACGAAGAAGCUCAUCGGAAACACCUAGGUGGUAAACUGCUUGGAUUUUUCUUCUAAAUAAAAUCUGUCUAACGGAUACAGC